AUGGAUGAAUGGCUCCCAGAAGAAGACAGCGGCUUGCCUGUCGGCGAGCUCAUGGGCUUAUCGGGUGCCAAUGUGGACGAACAGCUGCCCCCUGACUUGGACUCCCAGCCAGAGGAUUUGGGGUCCCCGGAGGAGUUGCCGUCGUCGGACGAUGGGAUGGCGAUAGCGGCAGCCUGCUGCAAGAAGAACUGCAUGACAGUUUUUCGGCGCCGAGAUCUCUCAGUACGACAUGCACUUUUCAAGUCGGAGCUGGAUGCUUUGCCAGACAAUGACCGGCAAGUUAUGCUGUUCGAUCUACUGAAGAAGGUCUUCCAGGAGGGCGGCAACGACUCCGAGCAGCCGGUCAAGUGGCAGUUGCUAGGAGUUCCUGUCUGCUUCGGUGCAUUCAAGAGUUUGGUGGGAGUGUCUGCACCACUCAUCCAGAAGAUGAUGUCUGCCGUGAAGCAAGGCCAUCGCGACCCUCCCGUAGACGGACGAAAGGAAAGGCAGCUGAGAGAGCGGCCGGCGGCUACCAGAGCUGCUGCCUUUUUCCAAUGGGUCUAUGAUAACCUGGGGGAGCCGUUGGCCGAGGUUAAGUGCCGGGAUGAGGCUACAGCCCACGACGACGAGGAUGAUGCUGAGCUCCCCAUCAUGCAGGACUCUGCGGUUGGACCGGUGGGCAGUGCAGUUGUGGGCAACAAGCAGAAGGAAAUCAGGUGGAUACACCCGACAACCAUUGCCGAGCUUUACGACCUUCACAAGCAGACGUGCAGCGACGGCUCCCGGCUAUCCAAGUGGCGAGAACUUGCAAAGACAGAGGAGGAGAAGGUCGCUACCCAAAAUGCCAAGCGGGAGCACUUGAUCGGGGUCUUCGCUGACAGGGCAUUGGGCAGACGUCUCAUGGUCAGCUGCGAGUGCUCCUCAGAGCCGUCCCUGAACCCAGAUCCCAUGACUGGGAUCCUCUAUCUUCAGGUAGAUGGCAUGGAUCAGGCGAAGUUCAAGCUGCCAAGAAUGGCAUCGACGAACUCCAAAGAGUUCGCCCACGUGUACCGCCCGGCCCUCCAUAUGAUCGGGGCCCUGAUUCCUGGCGUGGCGGAAAUCUAUUUCUUGACUGAAGCUGAUGUCAAGAAAGAAGUCCUCAAGCGAAGAGGGCUGCAGAUGCCCUCGCACUUCACAUUACAGUGCGACAACACCUGCAGAGAGAAUCGAAACAGCAUCACUUUCAAGUUUGCAUCCUGGCUGACCAGUCAUUCCAUUUACCGCACGGUGGACCUUCUCUACUACCGAGUCGGUCAUACACAUUGCGAGUUGGACCAGCGAUUCUCCGUCUGCGGGAGUCACUUGGCUCGAAAGGAGAAUCUCCAGACAUUGGAGGACUCGUGCAUUCGGCAUGCAAGCGGUCAUGUGCAUGCUGUGCGAAGGGCCGAUUAUGUGUUUCAGCUGUUAACACCGACCCGGCAGGAGUUCCGUGAUUGCCUGUUGGAGAUUCAGCCUCCAGGCUCACGGGAGAUCCAUGCGGAGAUCCUGAUGCAGACCUGGGAUUGGAAAAAGUUUCUGGAGCCGAUGCCGGUGAAAUACACUGGCCUCGUCAUCACAGAGCAGGAGGAGUCGGUUUCCCAUGGCUUCAGAUUCCUUCAACGAAGCGACGUGAAGCAGUACAAGGGCUUUGACACCUGGAGAUUGGAUGAGAUUCACACGGAGGAGGAGAAGCAGUCGCCCUCCGAUGUCGUGCUCCUGGUGAAGCAGUUCAUGUCAGAUAAGCACCUGACUCAGGCGCUUGUGGCACUCCCUGCUUCGGCAGCCUUGCCGCUGACAGGGCAGCUCGAUACUUACUUGCGAAGCUGGUGCGAUCGCAAUCAAACGGUGGGAAACGGCGACGGCGAGCCGCCUCAGAUGUGCAGCUUCGUUCCGAAAACAUGGGUGCGAGAGCAGCCCGAUGACUUUCUGAACUUCGCCCCCUCGCCGCCGAAGCCUGUCAACAUCGUCGGAGCCCCUCCUGGUGGUGGCAAGAAGCUCAAGAGGAAGAGGGGCGAUUGCUCGGCAGCACAGGCCCCCACUGGUUCUGCGAACUCCGCACCCGUGCCGGCGGAUGCACCGGUGCCGGCGGAUGCACCGGUGGCGGAUGCAGGGUCACAGGCAGCUCAAGGAUCUCCGAGCCCAGCCGUCCCGAAGGCAGCUGCAAAGGCAACUGCCAAAGCGACGGCCAAAGCUUCGGCACGUGUCCCCAAGGCCAAAGCGAAGGCGAAGGCUAAGGCGGCAAGUGAUGUGAAUUUGCUAAUGACUGCUGGCACCUAUCCGAGGCUCGCCCUGGACCGCGACCGCAAGUUCAGCAACAGCUUGGUUGCUCCAAGUGCCGGCACAGUGCUACAGGUUGUGGUCGAUGCAGACCUCGAUUCGAAGCAUGGCAGCGGCAGCAGGGUGAAGUGUGAGCAAACGUGA